CGGUGCGUGAUAGGCCGAGGCCCCAUUAGUGCGUUGCGCUGCGUUGCGUCGCGUCAUCGCAACGGAACAACGCAUUGUAUGCCACACCUGUGUUGCGUUGACGCUGCGCCAACGCAACGCAAGAGGGUAUGCACGCCGACGCAGCUGCGUCUCAGUUCAGCCUUUGCAAUGGAUAGAUACAAACGUGUUCUUUUGUUGCUUUUAUUACGGCACCGCCGAAAUAAACGUAGAAAUCAUAGAAGAUUCUGGAUAUCUCCUUUGAUAGCAUUAAGAAAUAGUGAUGGUCAGUUUUUUAUGCAGGAAUAUAGGGAGUUGUUAUUAGAUGAAAAUACAUUUUUUAAUUUUUUUAGAAUGAGUGUGGCCAGCUUUAAUAAUUUGGUUGAAACCUUAAAACCACAUAUAAAAAAGCAAUAUACCAAAUUCAGGAACCCUUUAGAACCAAUUGAAAUGAUUGGUAUUACAUUGAGGUACUUAGGCAGCGGAAAUUCGAUAAACGACUUGCAUUUCAAAUUUAAACGUGGAAGAGCAACAAUUUCUAGAACUAUUUCGUCAGUUUGUCAAGCUAUAUGGAAAUAUGUUCGACCACUGUACAUAGAAGAGAUCACAGUAGAAAAACUACAAAAUAUUGCAUUAGAUUUUGAUCUCAAAGCUAACUUUCCUCAUUGCUUCGGGGCAAUUGAUGGGAAACAUAUACGUUUAAUAAAACCAGACAAAAGUGGCUCUCUGUUUUAUAAUUAUAAAAAAUAUUUUUCAAUUGUUUUGCUGGCGGUUGUUGACUCAAAUUAUAAGUUUGUUUUUGUCGACGUGGGUGCAUAUGGUAAGGAAAGUGAUUCUACUAUUUUUAGAAAUUCGACACUGUACAAGAUUUUAAUGAGAAAUGAAUUACCAUUGCCUGAUCCUCAACCACUUGGAAAUGAUCAUAAUAACGAGCCACCCAUCCCUUAUGUACUCGUCGGUGAUGAAGCUUUUGGUUUAAGUAAGCAUGUUAUGCGCCCAUACGGCGGAUCCAAUCUCAAUGUGAAACAAAGAGUUUAUAAUUAUCGCCUUAGCAGAGCACGUAGAUACGUGGAAUGUGCAUUUGGGAUCAUGGCAAAUAAAUGGCGCAUUUUACAUAGGCCAAUUGAUACGUCAUAUGAUUUAACUAUUAAUAUUGCGAAAGCAUGUUGUGUUUUACACAAUUUUGUUAUACAACACGAUGGGUUAAAACAACAAGACAAUAUGGCAAUAAGUAGGUUCUCACAAUUGAGACCCCAUAGCAAUGAAGAAUCAUUAGCCGAAAAUUUUAUCAGAGAUCAAUUUGCUAAUUACUUUAUGAGUCCAGAAGGGGCUUUACCAUGGCAGUUGAAAAAGAUAUAAAUUAACUUAUGUAUUGAAUUUACAAAUAAUAUAAUAAAUAACAACUCACCAA